GGGACGUUUCCAUCAUCGGUAGUUGAAGUUUAUAUGGAGUAGGGCAGUCUUUUUACAUGAUUAAUUAACCUCAGGUUAUCUUCAAGGGCAAUAUGUAAUCUUAAUUAGUCUGGUAAUGGAAGGACUGGAGGGACCAUCGCCAGCGACGCAUGCCAACCAUUAACCAAACGCUAGACCAGAGUUUUGAAUAUUUGAUUAUAUUUAUAUAUAUCGCCGCGAGCCUUUUUCAAUUAUUGAGUUGAAAAUUUGGUGGAAAGAGUAAUUUUUUAUCGUUUUUUCUCUAUCAAUUUAUCUUUUCCCCUGUUUCCACAUUCAAGGAACAGUCAGUGAGCAUCAUCAGCUUUGUCGCCUUCAUAGAAACCCUAACUCCUAACCCGGAUCAGAUUCGUUGAUUCAAGCCUGUGGAUUCCGUAGUCAACCCCGAUUUUUUUGGAAUCUGUUACUGGAAUUCGCCAUGAAAGAUAGAAAAUCGGCCAAGGCCAAUCAGCAACAGCAGCAGCAUUUCCACCAGAAUGGUCACUUGUCUCCGUUUAGGCUUGCCAAGCUGUUCGAUCCUGACGCUUCUUGGGACAAGGACCAAUUGGGUGAUGUAUUGCAUUGGACCAGACAAGCUAUGGCUCUUGUAUGCGGGUUGAUUUGGGGGGGCAUUCCUUUGGUUGGCGGGUUCUGGUUUAUGUUGUUUCUAGUGUUAUCAUCUGGGAUUAUCUACGGCUAUUAUGCACUGGUACUGAAGAUUGACGAAGAAGAUUUUGGUGGUCAUGGAAGUCUCCUGCAAGAGGGGCUUUUUGCUUCCAUAACACUAUUUGUGCUAGUGUGGACUCUGGUAUACAGCCUAUCACAUUUCUGAUCGGACUCAGCAUGGUUGUUGACACUUAUCAUUCCCUGAUGAAGAAAAACAUCAACUUCGUUUAGUAGAACGAUUAAAGAAGUUUGUUUUUUGGCUGGUGUCAUUUUUUGCUCCAGCUAUGAGAAUUAGGGAGUUGACAAUGUUUGGUUUUAUAUUUUUUCGGUUGUGCAAAUAUUAUUUUUGCAUUUGGUUCAAGCAAAACUAGUGUUAGUUUCAAGUUCAUGAUAUUUCUUUGUACUUACUAGUGAUACAAAUUGAAGUGGGCGUGCCUUUUUGUUUCUUACAUUAUUUGUUCAAUGCUAUGCUCGAUCUCGGGGGAAAGUGUUGGAAUGCUACGGAAGAGUCUCGGGAGCCAAGAGAUAGA